GUUGACAGCCUGUGGUACUAAGGUACUCACUGGAGCGACUCGAUCGUGGUGCGAAGAACUCGAGUAUUUCUAUGAACAUCACCUCCUACCCUGAUGCCUAAAAACAACAAGUCAAGCCGCCAUGUCGCCAUACACAUUCAAUAUCUCUUGCCUCUGCGGCGCUGUCUCGCAGCGAUUACAACCUACGGUUACUCAUGGAGAGGCUGUGGACCUGUCCAUCAACCACGGCGACGUUGAUCGACAUACCACGGGUAUUCUCUGCGCCUCAUACUUCCCCAUUCGAGAACCUCAUCAGCUACUGGGAACGGCAGAGUACCAUGGCCCUGACGGGUGGGCAAGAUACUUUUGCAACACCUGCGGAUGCCAUGUCUUUAGACGCAGAGAUAUAGAUGGGAUAUCUGUAUGGGAAGCGGCGACUGGCGUUCUACUGAAUUGCACUGAGGAAGAAACUGACGCGGACGCGCGUUACGCAAGACAUACCGGCGUUUCCGACACCAAAGACGGGGGUAUUUCGGUGUGGCUGCCCGAGAUUGAUGGACGGCGGUUGGAAUCACCCACAAACCCAGUCAUUGUGGAACCAAGAACUACGACGAAGCUUCCUCCUAUGCCACCUAUCUAUCCGAAAGAUUCCCUGCCUGCCUCAUGCGCCUGCGGUACGGUGAGCUUCCACAUCACACGGCCAACCGAGGAAAGCUAUCUACCGCACUCCGGCUUCCCUGAUCUGCAGUAUGCUGCCGUCGAGCACUCACACGAGUUCAUGAAGAACUCUGACAGCCUCAAAUGGUGGAUUCGAAGUGACGGCACCAAAUACUUGGCUGGCACCUGUGCCUGUCGGUCUUGCCGUCUCAUCUCCGGAUUUGAGAUUCAAACCUGGACAUUCGUCCCCCGCUGCAAUAUCUUCUUCCACGUUCCCGGACCAGACGACGGGCAGUCCGUCAUCUUGCCCCUCAGCUUUUCGGACUUACCGGCUGGAAUCGCGAAAACGUAUGAAUCUUCACCUGGCGUCUUUCGCGAGUUUUGUGCCAAAUGCGGCGCGACGGUCUUCUGGCGCGACAGUUGGCGACCAGACGUCAUCGACGUCAGCGUAGGGCUGCUUCGGGCAGACGAGGGCGCGCGGGCCGAGACGUGGCUGGACUGGUGGACUAAGCGAUGUAGUUUCGAAGAAGAGACGGAAAGGGGUCGAUCAGGAGAGCCCGCCCGCAUUGCUAGGAGGCUCAUUGAUGGCCUAGAACGAGGCUUGCGCUCAGGGGCCCAGUCAAAGUGAUGCAGCUUGGGAUCACGGCAGAUAGCUAUAAGAUAUUCAAUCAGAAACAAAUCGUUCACCGUGACGCUCGUUGCAGGUCGCUAGCAGGCCUAUAAUAGGCAAUUUGCAGAUUCACGUUCUUCUUGGCGAGCAAGAUAACAAAUCAUUCUUGGUACGGAGUAUACAAACUGGAUC